CGUUCGACCACGAACGUAUGGCGGCCAAAUAUUUAUCAACUUUACCACACGACACCAUAACACAUCGCUUUUGAAGAUCGCUGACACACAUCCAUAUCCGAAGUCGCAAAUAAGUCUUUCAAAUAACUCAAUCACCCUACUCCAACAACCCCUACUGCCAUCGUGCAGACAUACUCCACGAUUAUGUCUAGACGACCCAACCCUGCCGCUGACCGCGCGCAACAGAAUACCCAGACUCUCAAGAGCUUAGUAAAGCUAGAAGCAAACAAGAGCUGCGCAGAUUGCAAAAGGAAUAAGCAUCCAAGAUGGGCAAGUUGGAACUUAGGGGUUUUUGUUUGCAUACGAUGCUCAGGUAUACACCGAGGGAUGGGAACCCACAUAAGCCGAGUAAAAUCAGUCGAUCUAGACUCCUGGACAGACGAGCAGUUACAAAGCAUGUUGAAAUGGGGUAAUGCUAAAGCCAACAAAUACUGGGAACACAAACUCGCGCCCGGGCACGUGCCUGCUGAAGCCAAGAUGGAGAAUUUCAUUCGAACUAAGUAUGAGUCGAAACGGUGGGUCAUGGAGGGAGGUAUCCCAGACCCGGCCACACUUGGAGGAGACGUAGACGAUGAUGUUCCUCUCAGUGUCGUACAAGAGAAAGCUAAGAUCGAACGAUCGACUUCACUCAAUGCCGCGCGCGCUCCCACGGGUCGAGUUCCACCUCCCUCGAGACCCCAGCAAAACAUUGAUCUUUUCGGCGACGACCCAUCACCUGCCCCUCAGAGACCAAGCACUACAGGACCUCCGUUGAAUGUGCCCCCGAAGUCGGAAGCGGCUGCACCUAAGCACACCAAGCCAGCAGACUCGCUUCUUGGAUUUGACUUCUUCGGAACGCCUGCUGCUGCACCGCCCGCGAGGCCCUCCAGCCACUCUGCAGCUGCUACUGGACCCUCCAUACCAUCACGGCCGGAUCUGAAGCAGUCAAUCCUUUCUCUGUACGCAUCAGCCCCGAAACCGGCACCACAAGUGCAGCCUCAGCAGCAUGGUCAGACGGAUUCCUUUGGUGGACUCAUGUCUGCCGGGCCUUCACAGCAAUCGCCGCAAUCGGCAGUUGGCCUCAACGAUGCAUUUAGCAGCCUUUCAUUUGAGUCCAAUACCACACAACAGCAGCCGCGAUCAUCCGCUUUUUCAGGCCUGGCUACUUUCUCUAAUCAGCGUUCUUCGCCGGCCCCGUCAGCUGCGCCCGCAGCUUUUGGCGGAGGAGGCGAUUUUUUCAAUGCCCAGCCGAAGGCGACAAAGCCAGCGAACCCUCCACCUCAACAACACAAUCAUCAAUCAUCGAAGCAGUUCAGCAACAUGAAUGACCUUUUCUCUACCCCAGCUCCAGCCGCUCAACCUAAACCAGCACCUAAAGCCACCAGCGGCAUGGGGGACCUAUUUGAUCUGACCGCGCCUACAUCACCACCUGUACCACCCAAGCCAGCUACUCAGACCUCACCACAUACAUACUCCGCUUUCAACCUAUCUGCUCCUGCUCAACAACCACAGGCUUCACUGAAACCACAACCCGUGACCUCGCCAAGCUUCUCUUCGGGCUUCAACUCAGACCCCUGGGGCACGAACGAUGCAUGGGCGAAUAGUAAAUCCACUACUUCUUCCCAGCCACCAUCAUCCAUAACUAAGGUAUCUACUACUGAUGACUUCGGAGGCUGGGGUAGCACCAUAACCCCUGCGAAACCAACAUCACCUAAGGUAACUGCGGACGACGACUUUGGCGGCUGGAGCACCGCCCCGCCCGUAUCAUCUGGUUCGAAUAACUUACCAAAAACCACUGGAGCUUUCGGUGCAGGGGGUGAUGAUCUUUUCUCAAAUGUGUGGGAAUGAUUGGAAGGAAACCAACAAACUCCAUGUACUGGGGGAGUUUGGAGCAUGAUAAGUAGACGUAGUAGAGUGGAGUAUACCAUUAUGACAUUUGAACAUUAAGUUGCAAGGAUACUUGCCAGGGUCGCUGUAUAAAUAUAUAGUCGACAUAUCAAUGUUCAAGUAGAA